GUUUAAUCUGUGAUAAGGGCAAAGUGGGUGUAUUUCGGUCUGAAAGGAAUAUUAUUUACAUUGCCAAGCUUUCAAAUGUAACAUAACAUGUGUAUUAUAGUGGAAUGAUUUGAGAAUAAUGUAUAGUUAACAGGUUUUUGAAACAAGCAAGGUCUCAAUAAUGUCUGCAGUGGGCGAACCUGUGCUUAAUAUAAUUGUUGUAGGCUUUCAUCACAAGAAGGGAUGUCAGGUGGAACAUUGUUAUCCUGAGGUUAUACCUGGUCAUCCGAAUGAGCUACCAGCAAGUUGGCGACAUUUGCCUGCUCUAGCUUUGCCUGAUGGCUCUCACAAUUACCAUUCGGACACAAUAUUUUUUAAUUUACCUGGACUCACAGAACCUGCUCACACUGUAUAUGGAAUUUCAUGUUUUAGACAAAUCCCUAUUGAGCAAGUGACUCAAAAGACAGAGGAUAUGACUAGAAGUUCAGUACAAAAGAGUGUUUGUGUAAUAUGUCGAGCUCCAUUAUUCGGUCGGCUUGCGGUGAAGAUGGAGCUGGUAGUGAGGGCAUGGUUUCUACAAGGUGACUUUUCACAGACAACACUCCUUGAAGAUGCAUACAAACAUUUAAAUAGUUGUCCUAUUCAAACAGAUCAAAUUCUCGAAGGUUUAUCAGUACAGCGAUUGGUUGAAAACUGGAGGCACAAAGCAUUGUUGUUAUUUAAACUUCUGUUAAUAAAACGUAAGGUUCUAAUUUAUGGAUCACCAGCUGGCCCAUUGUCAACUGUAUUACUUACACUUGUGUCAUUGCUUCCAAAAUGUAUAGAGAGUGGCCUUUCAAAAGCUGCAAAUGUAGUAUUAUCACGACCUUUAUCUCCAAUACCUAUUUUAAUAGAUAAUAAAAUAGAAGAUGCCAUUGAUGAUAGCUGUGAAAUUUUUCCUGAAUCACUGUUAAAUGGUUCAAGUCAAGUAGAGGAAUUAACACCUAAAGAAUCUGGAAAUAUUUUGGAUGAAAAAGACAGGGUCAGUAGACAAAGUUUUGAUGAGGCUAUCUUAACAGAUGUGACCGAUAGACAAGAAUUUUCUACCAGAGAUAAGUGCCAUAGUAUUGGUGAAAAAUACAAGGUUCAAAAACCUGUGAUAGAUGCACAGCAAAGUCCCACUAUGGCUAGAGACAUGAGCGUUGAUGGAUUACACAGUUUAACUGGUCAAAUUGAUCAAGAAGAAUGUGGAUUUCCAUUUCCACUGUUUGAAGAUGGCUAUCUAUGUUUACCGUACUUAUCAUUGCAGUACUUAGACAUUUUAUCAGAUCCUGCUGUUCAUGGUUUCGUUGUCGGUGCAUCUAAUGUAUUAUUUAAGCAGAAGAGGCAGCUUUUUGAUGUACUUGUAGAGUUAAAUGAAAUGAGAAUAGAAACGGCAGAUAUGUUGCUCAGAAGGCAGUUGGCUCUUGGAACUGAGGAUCUCAGAUUUGCUGAUCACGUUGUUCGUCAUGGCGCAACUCAGGGCGAUGCAUGGAUUAGAGAUCAAUUUGCAAGUUACUUGAUAUAUAUGUUAAGGACAUCUAUUUUGCCAGAAGGUAGUAGAGAGAUAGACAUGUUCAAUGCUCAAUAUAUGGCUGCUUUUAAGUCUACACCGGGCUACGAAAAGUGGUUGAAGAAUACUAAUAAUGGUGAUGUCGAAGCUUUCAUGAACCUUAUUCCUAUGCAUCCAUUUUCUGGCCAACUCUCUGUAGCUGAUAUGAAGUUGAAGUUGGCACAUACGAUGUCGACGACGGAAGGCGGCAGGAAGGUGACGGCCGCGGUGGCGAGCACGUCCCGCGCGGUGGGCGGCGCGCUCUCGCAGGCGCGCGGCGCCCUCUCGGGCUGGUGGAGUGCGCUCACUGCCCCCCCGCCGCCACCGCCCCCGCCCCCCUCACCGCCGACCUCGCUCACUCCCGACCCGCCCGACGACCCCACAGACGCUACUGACAUCACUGUGGUUUGAUUCAUUCGUUUGAAGAUCGCGACCGAGUCGUACGGCGUCACGGAGGGGCCACCUCAUUAAAAUUUUAUAAAAAAUCUGAUACGAAUCAUCGUCUGCACAAAAAAUGAAACAGCAGCAAUACAUAAUAUCAACCAAAAAGUAAUCGAUCUGAAGGUUGCCAAAAAUGUUAUAAUAAAUAUACUCUUGCAGGUAAAGGUAAACUUCAACUUUCAAGCGUAUUUUAAGAUCGUUAUCGUCCCUCUUGAAAUAUUCGUGAAACACACGCUUGUGGUUCGAUCAUCACUCUUUACUUCGUGUGGUACUGUCGCGUAGUUACGCUGUCGUUCUGCAAAUAAUUUAAUUUCGCAGCAGUGUAGUCGUUUUCGUGAGAUUAAUUAAUGUGUAAUCGUGAUACUUAAUUAUGCACUUGUUAUUGCACAAAAAAAAAUAUUAUAUUAUAAGUUAUAAAUGUUAUUGAGCGUGAGAUCGGAAUGUGGUUAAAUCUGAUUUUGUGUAACUUUUAUUAAACGUGUUUCGUAAUUUAGUCUCCCGAUCUCCAAUAAGGCUGUAUUAAUUGUGUGUUAUUAAUUUUAUUUAUUUUAUGCAAUCGAAACAAUAAUAGUGGAUGUGCUAAUUUUUAUUUAUUUUAUGUAAGCUGUUAAAUAGAUUUAUUAUUGUCCACAUAACCUAAUAAAUAUUCACAAUGCGGCCGUUUAAUGUUUUCGUGACAAUUCAUUCAUACUGCAUCUUCCAUGUUUGGUGUUAAUAAUAUUUUACCAUAAUUUUUACCAAUCGAAAGAGCUAUGGUUCGAACGUGAUUUAAACCCUGUCCCAGUCGCGCCAUGCAACUACA